AUGGGGGAUGACGAAAGUCGGAGGCGGGACAUCUUGGCGCGCAUUGGCGCAUCCAUACGGGACGCUCAGUACGCUCUGACUGUUAACUCCCCGAGGCGAGUACAAAAUGCGGUUUCGGAGACUCAAAUGGCCAUUAUCGCCCUCUCCGAGUAUCUCGCGCUUCCCAACGGCAUUCCCAAGGCCGCUGCGGUGGCAAAGCGCAUCGCCAAGGUACUGGGUUCCGUCAUAUCGCUGCUGCGUCACAGUGACAGUGGGGCGGGGAGCACCACGCAGUGUGAAAUUGAGCCUGCCGACAAACCCCCAAGUCAUGAGAGUUCUUUUCCGAACCUUUUUGACGAAGACUCAGACGUUCACGAGCUUUUGCAGCUGCGGGAAAAAUUGGCCAGCACGCAGGAAGAGCGUGACAGUUUUGUGGCGCUUCUGCGCGACGCCCAGCAAGAAGUUGCGUCUCUCAAGGAGUCCGUAGCGGACCCAACGCACGGGUUAUCACUGCAUACGGUGGAAAUCGAACGUGUAAAUAGCGAGAACAAGGCACUAAAAGAGCUCCUUCAGGAAGAAAUACUCAAGUCGAAGGCGUUGGCGGAAACCGUAAGGGAGUCCAACGAGAAACUACAGAAAAUAAGUCACGAAAAUGCCACCACUCAGGCAUUGUUAGAGCAACACCGCAGGGAACUAAAGGAAAAGGAACAAGAAAUUGCAGCCAACGUACGAGCGGCGUCGAAGGCAGCUAUCAUGAAUCCGAAACCAAUUGACAACGAAGAAAUCGAGGCACUCCAAAUUCAAGUCAAACUGAUGCGUCAGGCACUAAGGGAGUGCAUUAAUAAUUCCAGUGCUGCGGAAAUUAAAGCGGGCAAAAAAACUUUGGUUGAUAUCGAAAACGAACACCAAGACCAGCUAAUGGCAAUGAAAAUCACACUAGAAACGCAGUGCAAGAGGGAAAACAAUUACACCCAACAAAUUGACGAUCUCAAAAAUUUUAUAGAAGAAAUAGAAAAAGAUCUCGAACGUGAGCGGCUCCGUGCGGAGGACGCGGAACGCUGUGCGCACGACACUGCUGGCACAGUGGAGCAGCGCCACCGUGAGCAGCUGGCCACGCUGGAAGCCGCCCUGGAGCAGCAGCGGGCACAGCAUGCCAGCGAGGUGGACGAUCUUCGCGUGGCACUGGAGCACGAGCGGCAGCGUGCGGAGGACGCGGAACGCUGUGCGCACGACACUGCUGGCACAGUGGAGCAGCGCCACCGUGAGCAGCUGGCCACGCUGGAAGCCGCCCUGGAGCAGCAGCGGGCACAGCAUGCCAGCGAGGUGGACGAUCUUCGCGUGGCAUUGGAGCACGAGCGGCAGCGUGCGGAGGACGCGGAACGCUGUGCGCACGACACUGCUGGCACAGUGGAGCAGCGCCACCGUGAGCAGCUGGCCACGCUGGAAGCCGCCCUGGAGCAGCAGCGGGCACAGCAUGCCAGCGAGGUGGACGAUCUUCGCGUGGCAUUGGAGCACGAGCGGCAGCGUGCGGAGGACGCGGAACGCUGUGCGCACAACACUCCUGGCACAGUGGAGCAGCGCCACCGUGAGCAGCUGGCCACGCUGGAAGCCGCCCUGGAGCAGCAGCGGGCACAGCAUGCCAGCGAGGUGGACGAUCUUCGCGUGGCAUUGGAGCGCGAGCGGCAGCGUGCGGAGGAACGUGUUGUUGUUGUAGAAAAACAGUUGGAGGAUGCCGUUAUGUUUUAUCGUGGAGAGGUAGAGAAGGUGAAAUCGCUUUUUGCUGCAGAUCGUGGUCGUAUGAAUGAUAAGUUGUCUAGCGUUUCGCGGUUUUUGGAUGAGGCAACGAAAGAGGCUGAUGGGCUUAGGAAUAAGGUAAAGAUUUUUGAGGAGGAGAAUAGGCAGUUGCGUUUGAAAUGUGAGGGUACGAGAGAUGCCUUGACGGAGUCUGAGGUUGCGCUUCGUGAGGAGAGACGAUCGUUGAUGGGUGAAGUUUCGUUAUUGCGGUCUCGCUGCCUUGCCUUGGAGCAGGAAGUGGCAGCUGCGGUGGAACUGUCAAGCGAGAGGGCGGAGUCAGUAAAUAGACUUAUGCAGCAGCUUGCGGAGGCGAAGUCGAUGGUAGCUAACUCUCUGCAUUCAGAUAGUGCGAAGAUUGCGGGGACUUCAGUGAGCCUGGAAGAGUGGGUACACUUUCUGCGUGGUGUUGUUGUAGCGGAUUUAAAGCGAGCGGCACGGGGGGUGGUAGUGGUUAAUGAGGAAACUCAAGACAUUGUGAAUCUCGCGCGGGAUCUUCGCAGCGUCAUUGAUCAUACCGCUGGUCUUUCCGUCCAGGUGACGAGGCGUCAGAGGCAGUUGACACAAAUUCUGAACGUGGUGGCGGCAAAGCAAUGUGUGGCCUUGCGAAAAAUCCAGCAGUGCCUGUUGGGAUCCGUUUCCUUGCAGGAAACGGAUGCCGCCAUCCUGGAGGCCUGCCUUCUUUUGUUUAACGACGUUGAGAGUGCUCUAAGUGAGGUGGCGGAACCAGAAUUAAAAGAUGCUGACAAGUCUGCGUCACUGACGCCAGUGAAAGAUGAGCGGGAUGCGCUGCUGCAACGUACCCUCCGUCGAGCACGGAAUCGCGUCAAUGAAAACACGUCUUCGCCCUUGAGUAGCCAUGGUGUGCAACCGGUGUUGGGGUCGAUGAUAACACCCGUUAAAACGAGAGGGACUUCUUCGGGUAUGCGGCCAUCUAGCGAGAGGAAGUUUCUUUCCUCCCCUGAAGGAGGGCAUACGUCGGUGUCGAGAACAAAGGCUUCGCCGCACAACUCGCGAGGGCCACCGGAGCACCUGUCAAGGAUGGAUGUCGGCCAAUGCUCUGAAGAUCCUUUUGAUUACGCUGUGGCCACGCUUUCGGCGCAAGAAAAGCAGUAUGAUCGAAGACAGCAUUCCAUGCCUCCAAGGCGAUGGCUGACGCCCGGAAAGAAGGGCAGCUCCACACGAGCUGGUCUAUGA